AACAGUACGGACAAGACAGGAACCGUUCGUCUCUCCUCUCUCUCUCUCUCUCUCUCUCUCCCCUGCGUCCCCUUGACGGACACGGAUCUCGGAGGCGAUGGAGUCGAGCUACCUCUUCGCGGAUUCGGAUCUAAGCAGCAGCGUCUGCGAUCCGCCGGCGCCGGCGGCGGACCAUUGCCCGGCCGACGUGGUGGCCCUCCGCCGCCUCUCGGAGCACCUCGGGGCCCUCCGCCGCUCGUCGGACCUAGGGUUCUGCUCCGACGCCCGCAUCACCGUCGGAUCAGCCGCAGCCGGCGACCCUCCACGCGAGGUCCGCGUCCACCGUUGCGUGCUCGCCGCGCGGAGCCCCUUCUUCCGGGAGCGAUUCGCGCAGGGGGCGACGCAGCUGGAGCUCGGGGAUCUCGUUAAGGGUUUCGAGGUGGGGUUCGAGGCCCUGGGCGCGGUGCUGGACUACGUGUACACCGGCCGGGUGGGCCCGCUUCCGAAGGGGGUCUGCGAGUGCGUCGACGAGGAGUGCGACCACGUGGCUUGCUGGCCUGCUGUCGAUUUCAUGCUCCAGGUGCUUUUCGCCUCGGCAACCUUCCAGAUCUCCGAGCUCGUCAGCCUCUUCCAGCGGCACCUCCUUGAUAUGCUUGAAAAGGUGGCAACGGAUGACAUGCUGGUGAUCCUACGUGUUGCAAAUCUGUGCGGUAAAGCAUGUUCAAGAUUGCUCCAAAAGUGUGUUGAAAUUGUGGUCAAGUCAGAUAUGGAUAAUGUAACCCUUGAAAAGGCAUUGACCUCUGAUAUCGUCAAGCAAAUCAUGAAGUCACGCUCAAAUCCAGGGUUACAUGGUCCAGAAAGCGUUGGUUUCCCAGAUAAGAAUGUGAAGAGCAUAUACAGAGCCCUUGAUUCAGAUGAUAUUGAGUUAGUGAAAUUGCUGUUGGAUGAGGGGCACACCAAUCUAGAUGAUGCAUAUGCACUACAUUAUGCAGUCACGCAUUGUGAUUCACAAAUUACAGCAAAGCUGCUGGAUCUUGAACGAGCAGAUGUUAACCGUAAAAAUCGCAGGGGUUACACUGUUCUUCACAUUGCUGCAAUGCGUAAAGAGCCCACCAUAAUUGUAUCCCUUCUAACAAAGGGUGCUCGUCCAUCCGAUCUCACAUCGCAUGGACAGAAAGCAAUUCAAAUCUCAAAAAGACAUACCAGAUACAUAGAUUAUGAAAGGCCCAACGAAGAAGGAAAGGCUGCUUGUAAUGAUAAAUUGUGCAUCGAGGUACUAGACCAAGCUGAAAGAAGAGAAGAAAUGGCUCUUCCUCUUGCAAUGAUUAGCGGCGACCCGCAUCAGAAAUUAUCAUAUCUUGAAGCUAGAGUUACUCUAGCAAAGCUCUUAUUUCCUAAGGAAGCAAAAGUUGCCAUGGACAAUGCUCAUGUGGAUGGUACUCUGGAGUACAACUCAAACCUCUCUACUGGCAGCCAGAGGAUGACAUUGGAUUCAGAUAGAACACCUUUUAAGAUGAAGGAAGAAUACUUAUCUCGCAUGAGGGCUCUCUAUCGAACAGUGGAACUUGGGAUGCGCUUCUUCCCUCGGUGCUCGAGGGUGCUUAACAAGAUUGUGGAUGAUGACUUAUCAGAAUUCGCUGGUCUUGAGCAUAUUACUUCAGAAGAGCGAAAGAGAAGAUACCUGGAACUUCAAGAUGAAAUGAUGAAGGCAUUCAGCCAGGACAGGGAGGAGCUUCCCAGGUCUGCCUUACCCACUCCGUCAUCGAAAUCACUACGAGUUGUUCGAACUAAGCUCGCCAAGAAAUGACAAUCAUGAUUUUCCUUGUCUGUUAUAUCUUUAAUCUGGUGUCCCUCGAACCUCAAUUUGUAUCAUAUAUUUGUUCUUCGAAGCGCAAUUUUCUUUUCUCAUUAACUAUUGUAGUGUCUCUUCCAAAGAAAUUUGUAACCUAGUUAUGGAGAUGUAAAUAGCAAUGAUUGAAUAAUGCAUCCUCGCUUUCCCAAUUUUACUUGAAGAUGGGUGAGCAACUAUUUUAA